AUGGUAUCUUAUGCUACAUCACCAUCACUGCUUAGUUUGCUAGGUCUGGUUGCUGUCACCAGCAAUGUGUGGACCGGCGUUAGAGCCCAGGACAAUGGAGAAUACGAUAAUGGACAGAGCGAUGGAAGCUAUGAUGGCGAAACUACUGAUGAUAGUGGAGAUGACACAGAGACUACCACCACGAGUUAUAAUGAUGGUCAGUGGACAUCAGAUGCACCAACCGCUACAACAGAUUAUGUUGAAACUACAACUACCAACUGGUGGGAUACAACAACGACAUCAGAUCCCAACGAUGAAACCACCUCCACAUCAGAUCCAUAUGCAACUCCUUCAGUUUCGUCCGAUUCAUCCGUGAUGCCAGAGACAACCUUAACAGAGGCUCCAGCCAUCACUUCAUCUCAACAAGUUGAGCCAUCCUCGACUGACAUUCCUGCAACCUCUUUAUCAGCAUCAUCAAGUGCUAUACCCUCUGCUACUGCCUCAUCAGUGCCUCAAGACUCAUCUUCUUCAACCAACAAGGGUGCUAUUGCUGGCGGUGUAGUUGGUGGUGUCGUCGGUGUCGCACUCAUCGGUGCCAUCGCAUUUUUAUUGAUCCGUAAGAGAAAAGCAAAAUCAGCAGCUGAUCAAGAGGUAUUUAGACCACAAGACGACGAUGAUGAGUAUCAACAGCAGCCAAUCCACCAAGACGAAACUACAUGGAGAAACUCAGAGUCUAGCAACUAUCCUCCCAUGUCCAGCCCAGCACCUCCACCUCCUCGCCAUACUUAUUACGCAGGAGAAGAUCAAAGAUAUUAA